AUGGAUUCUCUGCUAGAAGAACUCGAGAGAAUGAGCGUAAAUGCCAUCGACAGCUUCCUGGACGACGUCAGCGAAGACGAUAUCAAGCGCUGGCAAACUCUCUUCACCAUGGGACAUGAAGAAGCAAAAGAUAAGAUCCAGCGUUACAGAAUAGACAUCGACCGUCAGAGAUUCUCCGACGAGCUAUGGCAUGACAUCCAAGCCUCAAAGGAAGCACAAGGCCACGAUCGUGAGAGUUGUGAAUAUGAUCUUUUCUGCCGUUCAAGAGUCAAGUCGACUCCAGCUCCAUCGCCUACAUCACAUUCAAACAACAUUCUGCGCGGUUUAAUCCUUGGCGGACCUCUGGAUACCCCCGAACAUAUCCAGGAUAUCGCAGGUCUCGCGAACCCCCCAACCACCACCACAGCCGAAUCCUCAGACCCAACCACCUCUUCAACAUUCUGCUACAUCACCGCCGCAGAAGAACAUCUAAUCCUCCAAGGCCUCCUCAACCUUAACAUUUCCUACGAACCGCACUUCAUAACCAUAAACAUGGCAUCAAAAGACCUACAACCCACAUCUGCAUCCCCCACUUUAGGGAUAAAAGAACCCACACUACCACAACAUCGCCCCGAAAAAUCCACAGAUUUGGUGCUGCAAAAUCAAUAUCCGGUAUAUUAUUUCUUCUACGGCACACUCGCUGAGCCGGAGAUUCUGGCACGGGUAUUGGAGUUGGGGGAGCAGGUGCCUGUGCUGCAGAAGGCGUAUGUGAAGGAUGGGAAGGUUAAGAUGGUGGGGAGAUAUAAGGCAUUGGUGGAUAGUGAGGUGGAGGCGCGGUUGGAUGGGUGGGCGUUUUUGGUGGAAAGUGAGGAGCAAGAGUUGAAGUUGAGGGUUUAUGAGACUAGGAUGUAUGAGGUUGUUAGGUGUGAUGUUUGGCUUGUUGGAGAGGGUGGGGUUGUGAAGGGGUUGACUUUCAGAGCUGCGAUGUAG